UAAUAUUAUAUUACCAGUCAAUUUAUUACUUUAAAUAAAAAAGAAUUUAAUUUGGAUCAAACCAAAAAGUAAAGAAAAGAAAAAUAAAAAGAAAGCGUGCAUAAAAAUAAUUAAAAUAAAAAAGUGACCAAACUUAAGUAUCAAAAUAAUAAUCAUAAAAUAUAAAAAGGCAAAUUUAGUGUUCCAAAUAAAACAAAAAAAUCAUUUGACGUCAAAAUAAAACGACAAAAAAUAAUAAAAAAUUAUCAUAACGAAUCCGCAGUGCAGAACGUGCAAAAAAAUAUAUUCAAAUUAUAUUACAACGUCUUUGCCAACGACCGUCACAAGGAAGAAGAGCAAACAAUAAAUAUAAUAAAUCAUAUCAAAAAAAAAAUACCAGCCAACAUGUUUUGGAUACUGCGAAGAACGGGCGCAGUAAAUCUCUUCAACUCCAUCAACAAUAAUUAUUCAUCAAAAUCUGGUGGAUCUAACUUUAAUUCCGUGUCAGAUAAAAGCAACUCGCGUCCCCCCCGGAAGGCAUAUGGUCGCCUCAGCAUGGAAUCCGACGAACAAACGCACAAAAUGAAGUGCGGCAGUACCGGUGGCAGCGACAUCGAUGACGACGACUCGCUAAAUGGCUAUACGAGUGGCAGCAAUAACAGCAUAAAGCUCCACAACAAAGACGACACGACGACGAAAAAUUGUAUCAAUAGUAGUUUAUACGAAAUCGAUAAUAAUAAUCAACAAAGUGAAAGCAAUCACAAGGAUUUGAACUACAACAUUAUGGAUGCGAGCCAUAAAAGUGGCAUGGAUGCGACGUUAUUGGAUAAUAAUAACAGUCAUCAUGCGGGAUUACGUCUUCAAACUAUCACGUUGUCAGACGAUGAUGAUUUUGACGAAUCCUUAACAUGCAACGUAUGCGAUCGAGCUUUUCAAUGCCAUCGACAACUAGCGUCACAUCAGCAGAAGAAACGACACUUUGGCUGCAGCGGUUGCGACUCGUUAUUCCCUUCGUUAAUGUUGCUGGAGCACCACAAAGAGGAAUUUGAGCAUUGGAGCGACACGGAGGACAAUCACCGCAUUCCUUGUUGCCGACGAAAUCGUCGCUUGGAAGACGACGACGACUUUUACAAUUCCGACACAGCAACGAGUGACGCAGAAAGCGAAGACAUGGAACGACUUUUAUAAAUUGCUGAUUUUAUCACAAAAAAAAAACAUUUUUCGUCAAUUCCGCCACCUAAAAUGAUAUGCAAAUCUAAUUUGAAGAUGAUACAUAUUGAUCGGCGGAUGGCGUGCGCGAUAACAACAAUCCAUCAUCAUCUUCUUCGAGGUAUUUGUAUAAAAAUAAAAAUAGAACCUUUUUUCGGUAAAAGAAGCAUCUCUCAAGAGAAUAAAAUGCUCUUUUUGACAAAGAAAGGUGGUGGGAAUCGUUUAAAUAUUAAGCAGGUCAUAAAUAUAGCUGUAUCCCAAAACACACAAAAAUCCACAAAAAUUCACAGAUUCAAGCAAAGUUCUAACGAUGAUUACAUAGUUUGCCAGAAAUACACAAAAGGGAACCCAAAGCCCCUCACCUCCAUUGUAGAGCCAAAAAAAAAAAAAAUAAAUUAAAACAAUGAAUGAAUGUUUUCCAGCCUUACACCUUUUCUAUUACAAAAAAAUAAGCGAAUCAUCAUGUAAAUGUAAC